GUCUGCGAUCAACAAUGGCCGAGAGGUAGUGGCGACUCGCACUUUCGGAUCGACAUCGGAUAGAAAAUCUCUCAACAAUUACACCUCUCUCUGUUUAUUGGGAUCUACUCAAUUUCCUGUGAGAUCUUAAAAAAACAAACAAACAAACAAAAAUGCCCAAUAUUAAAAUUUUUAGCGGGAGCUCCCACCAGGAUCUAUCCCAGAAGAUCGCGGACCGCCUCGGACUGGAUUUGGGGAAAGUGGUGACGAAAAAGUUUAGCAACCAAGAGACGAGUGUGGAGAUUGGCGAGAGUGUCCGCGGGGAGGAUGUCUACAUUGUCCAGAGUGGCUGUGGCGAAAUUAAUGAUAAUCUUAUGGAGCUUCUGAUUAUGAUAAACGCCUGCAAAAUCGCAUCAGCCUGCCGAGUCACCGCGGUCAUCCCAUGCUUCCCUUACGCUCGGCAGGACAAGAAGGAUAAGAGUCGGGCACCCAUUUCUGCCAAGUUGGUGGCGAACAUGCUGUCGGUCUCCGGUGCCGACCACAUCAUAACCAUGGAUCUGCAUGCAUCACAAAUACAGGGUUUUUUCGACAUUCCAGUGGACAAUUUAUAUGCAGAGCCGGCCGUUUUAAAAUGGAUUAGGGAAAAUAUCCCAGAAUGGAAGAACUGCACUAUCGUGUCACCUGACGCUGGAGGAGCCAAGAGGGUGACCUCCAUUGCAGACAGGCUGAAUGUUGACUUUGCCCUUAUUCACAAAGAAAGGAAAAAGGCAAAUGAGGUGGACCGCAUGGUUCUGGUUGGAGAUGUGAAAGACCGGGUGGCCAUAUUGGUUGAUGAUAUGGCAGACACCUGCGGUACCGUCUGCCAUGCUGUGGAUAAGUUAAUAUCAGCUGGUGCAGUCAAAGUGUAUGCCAUCCUGACCCAUGGCAUCUUCUCUGGACCGGCCAUUUCACGCAUCAACAACGCUUGCUUUGAGGCUGUAGUCGUGACCAAUACCAUUCCUCAGGAGGAGAAGAUGAAACACUGCCCCAAAAUACAGGUUAUCGACAUUUCCAUAAUCCUGGCCGAGGCCAUCCGCAGGACCCACAACGGCGAGUCGGUCUCGUAUCUCUUCAGUCAUGUGCCGUUGUAACAUCGCCAGCACAGGCUCCAUGACUGCGUUCAUUCCCAAAGAGAUCCCACCCGACGCCAUGUGUUUCUAUAGCAAGACUUCACCAGUUCCCUCCUGAAAGUUAAACACGGGAUGUUUUCAUAUUCUGUUUUACUUGCAAAUCGCUGUUACAAUCUGUGACUGAAAGUUAGACGUUAGGUUAAUCGUGACGAGAGCUUGUCACAACCUCAUUUAUUUAUUUGCAUUCAUUUCUAUGCUUUGAGAAACGUUAAGUCACAUCAUGAAAACGAGGUCGAGAGAAGACUUUGACAGCCUUCUUCAAAUAGACGCUGUUUAUUUUGAAAUUCAAGAUUUUGUUCACAAUAUAAA